GAUAAAUAUUAUGGUAAUUAUUAGAUACAUCUAAUUAUUUAACAAUUAGUUCAAGAAGGCCAACUUGAUUUCAAUAGUUUGCAACACUUUACAGAUUAGAAUGAUGACAUUUUUGUAGAAUUGAGUUUCCUAUUUAAACCCUGUCUAAUGUCUAUUUAGUCUACAGUUAUUCUUCAUACACCAAUAGUGAACUACAGCACUGACCUGCUAAAAGUAGUUUUGAUAAUAGUCAAUUGAUUCUCACAUCCAUUUUUAGAUAUGUACAACAUUUACAAAAUAGUUUUAUUUAUAUCGGCAUGGGCUUGGAUAGUUUUUGCUGAAGAUUUGACAAAUGUUAACUACGGUUAUUCAGUAAAUAAUGAGAUAACUGGCGAUCAGAAGGAUCAGCAAGAAAGCAGAUCUGGCGACUCAGUAACUGGUUUCUACAGAGUACUUGAUGCUGAUGGUUAUCUACGAACUGUCACAUACAAAGCAGACAAGAUCAAUGGUUUUGUCGCCGACGUGAAACGCGAACCAGUUAGCAAUUCUGCAACAAUUUCAUUCGCUCUUAAAUCAGCUUUUACCUCCUCAAAUGCCGGCGUUUUACCUGUCGCCCAACAACCAAUUAUUCCUUUUGCUCCCAGAAUAGCAGAUGCGCCUUACAGUGUUCAAGCUGCACCAGUAGUACAUUUAGCUACGCCGUUUAUUGCCAAGUCUGCUCUUGAUUAUAAUGUUUAAGUUCCUCAUUAUAACUUGCCAUCUACAUUAAUGGUUUUUAUACUCAACAUAACAACCAAAAUGAAAAUACUCCAGUAUCAUAUUCAUAUAGAUACUAGACUAUUAAACAAUUUUCAAAUUAAUCGUUUUUAUUAAUAGUAUAAAACGUAGAGAUGGAGAAUUUCAAAAAACUUGAAGAAAAAAAUUACCAAAAUUCGAUUUAAUACAACAUGUUAAAUAUUGGAUCAUUAAAAUUUAUUUUUAGUGUAUUGUAAU